UGGUUGUAAUUAGGGUGCCGCUGCGGCUGCUCUCUUGUCCCACUAUGGCUGCUGCUCCGCUCCGCUCCGUACUCCGCCGCAAUGGCCUUCUGCCCUUGUUCGAAACCUGCCGCCUUCGAGAUCUCCUCUUCUUCUCCUCCUCUGUCGACCCUGCCGCCGCCGUAGGCAGCACCAUAUCUCCAGAUCCCCACUUCAUGGUGGAAUACCUCGUGAAUUCCUGCGGGUUCUCCCCCUCCGAGGCAGCCAAGUUCUCUAAACCUCUUGCGCACCUCCGAUCCACCGAGAAACCCGACGCCGUCCUUAACUUCAUGAGAUCUCAGGGCCUCUGUGGCGCCGCUAUCAGGAAGGUGAUAUCUUCGGAACCCAAUUACCUGUGCUACAACGUGGAGACGAACAUCGCCCCGAAGUUUCAGUUCUUACGUGAUUUGGGCCUAUCGGAGUCGGAUAUCGUCGAUGUCAUCCUGAAGAACGAUGUUAUUCUGCGCCUCGACGUUCACCGUUCCUUGGUCCCCAAAUUGGAGAUGUGGGAAAGUCUCUUGGGAUCGAGAGAGCUCGUUCUCAAGCAUCUCAAGAAGACCCGAUGGUUUUUCUUCUCCAGCGUUGAGAAGAAAUUGCAUCCUAACCUAAAGUUCUUGAGGGAUGAGUGCGGCAUUCCUGAAGAAAGGCUCUCUCUUGUCUUGAGAAGUCACCCACAAUUAAUCUCACUGAAACCAGAGUCACUCCGAGCUUUGGUUGCGAGAGCCGAUGAGCUGGGGAUGCCACGGCAAUCUCGGAUGUUCAUGUGGAUACUUGAUGCUCUCCUCAUGGUAAGCAAAGAAAGGUUCGAGGCCAAGGUCGAGCUCAUGAAGAGCUUCGGGUGGUCGGAGUCGGAGUUUUCUUCUGCAGUCAGGAAAAAUCCCACCUUCUUAUGCAUCUCCCUCGAUAUGUUGCGCAGAAAAGUGGAAUUUUUUAUCAAUGUAGUCGGGUGCACCCCUUCCUUCAUCGCCUCCCAACCAUCUAUCUUGCUAUAUAGUCUGCAGAAGAGGGUAAUUCCUCGGUUUCGUGUUUUGGAGAUAUUGAAUACGAAAGGCUUGUGGACUCGACGAGGCACGUGUUUGUCCUAUGUGAAAUUAUCAAAUGAAAAAUUCCGGGAGAAGAUUGUUCUACCUUACAAAGAAAAGGUUCCUGAGCUUCUUGAUAUUUUGAGAGCUGGAGAUGAGCAGUGAUUCGGCACCUUUUUCCUUGACAACGAGCUGUCUUACAUCAACCACCAGCCUUGGCUACUGAGGUGCAGUCCAGUGAAAGAAUUAUUCCUUGGUGUCUUAUGGUAGUAAUGUUGUAAUUGGAAGGUCUAUGCAGUGGCCAACACAAAAUGUCUUUCAGUUUUACUCAUUAAGGUUAAUGGAAAAGUCUGUUCUUUGUUGCAAAGCAGUAAGCCCCUGGCCUGUUUGAAAUCUCUGAUCGAUGAAGGUAGAUUUUUCCCCUAGUUUGAGAUUGUGGAAAUAGAAUGCAAAUGGCUUCUCUAAAAGUCUAUUGAGGUGUGAGAUUCUUCUUAUGUGACAAGCUAGUUUAGCAUUGAUUAUAAACCAACUUUGUUUUGUCUUAUUAAAUGUUUGCUCGAAUCAUUUUCUGAUUGUGUUUGGCACACUAUUGUCGGAUUGUAUGUGAACUGCAGGUUUUAGAAUUUCUGCUUUUCUUGUCAGUUGAUCGUCUAUGCAAACUAGUUCUUGUGCUAAUUGGAAGAUUCCAUUUAUGUUUCUGUUAUGUAGAAUUUUUUAGACCGGUUGCUGUGUUGAUCAGGAUUACCAUUGCUUUGGUACUCACCCAUUUCUUUUGUAUGUAAGAAGUUGUCACUUUGCUUGCAGGUUGAAUGGACUUACAGAGAUUCAAAACUUGAGUAUGCUAUCCUGAAAUGUCUUCAGCCUCACUGGAAUUGUUGAGUAUGCUAUCCUGAAAUGUCUUCAGCCUCAUUGGAAUUGUUGCUCAGGCAUUUCCUGCAUCAACAAACUCAACUUGCAAACUAAUUUAUAAGCCUAAACAUUUUAAAAUUGACAACAGUUUGUGUAUUUCAAAUUUCUGUAAUUGGCUUUACGUUUUGUUGUGGAGUUAAUGAUCAUUACAUCACAAGGUUUCUUCACAACACAAUCCAUUGAUGAAGGUUUCCUGAUUUACGUUUUGUUGUGGAGUUAAUGAUCAUUACAUCACAAGGUUUCUUCACAACACAAAUUUCUGUAAGCUCAGAAGAAAAAUGGAUUGGCGAUGAAGGAAGGGGUGUUACCGACCACAUUGAUUAAAAAAUCCAUUUUUCUGCGCAACAUAUCGAGGGAGAUGCCUAAGAAGGUGGGUGCUUUCCUGACUGCACAACAAAACGUAAAGCCAAUUACAGAAAGACUGCGGAAGAAGAGGAGAUCUCGAAGGUGGUGGGUUUUGAACAAGGGAAGGAGGCUAUUGCGGCGGAGCACGGAGUGGAGCGUCGCAGCUGUCAUUGUGGGACGAAAGAGAGCAGCCACAGCGGCACCCUAACGUAAGCAAAGAAAGGUUCGAGGCCAAGGUCGAGCUCAUGAGGAGCUUCGGGUGGUCGGAGUCGGAGUUUUCUUCUGCAGUCAGGAAAGCACCCACCUUCAUAGGCAUGUCCCUCGAUAUGUUGCGAAGAAAAGUUGAAUUUUUUAUCUAUGUGGUCGGUUACACCCCUUCCUUCAUCGCCGACAAAUCAUAUCUCUUGCUAUUUAGUCUGCUGAAGAGGGUAAUUCCUCGGUUUCGUGUCACAGAGAUGUUGAAAUCGAAAGGAUUGUUGACUGGACAAGCCAAGUUUCCAUACAUUCUCACAUUAUCAGAUAUCAAAUUCAUGGAGAAGUUUGUUCUCCCUCACAAAGAAAAUGUUCCUGAGCUGCUUGAUAUUUUGAGAGUUGCUGGCACCUGCAAAGGAAAUGAUACCUUGCAUUUGGCAUCGGAGGAUGAGGAAGGGCUUAGCUGAUGGUCUAAUUUGUGACCACGAAGGUAGAUUAUUCCCCUAAUUUGAGAUUUUGGAAAUAGAAUGCAAAGGGCUUAUCAAAAGAUGAAUUGAGGUGUGGGAUUUUUCUUUAAUGGCAAGCUAGAUAAGCAUUGAUUAGAAAUCACAUUUGUUCUGUCUUACUGAUUGUUAGCUUAAAUUAUUUUCUGAUUGUCUUUGGCAUAGUAUUGUUGCUUUGUACGUUAGCUGCAUGUUUUAAAAUUUCUACCCAACAGUCCCAACUGAGAUGACCUUCGGAUCUAUCGUAGGGACUUUUGGUUUUUGUCCAAAUUAAUUCCAAUUCCGGAUGGGAUUUUGGUGGUUGGGUAAGUCUCAAAGAGUCAUAGUUUAGAUCAAGUUAUUCAGCAUAUACAAAAUAUCACCAAAGAUCACAGGAAGUUGCUGAGUAGUUGUUGCUCUAACGAUUUAAGUGGCUGAAAAACACUUAAACUUCUUUGCAAACUUAUUUAUUUAUGUACUAAUUGGAUUAUUCAAAUUUGAUUGAUGCAUUGUAACAUUAGUAUGCAGUGGCUUCAAUGGAAUUUGAAAGACCAGUUGCACUGGGUUGAUCAGGAGUCACCAGCUCUUCUGAAAUGUCUUCAACCUCCCUUGGAAUUGCUAAAGCUUUUCUCGCAUCAACAAAACUCUUGCAUGCCUCCAUAGGCUUCUGCUCGUCCACCCUUUGUGAUUCCAGCAACAGAUCUCUUCAUUCUUGGAGUUCAUUCUUGGAUUCGGUGGAUGCAACUUCUCAUCAUCAUAGCUGAAGCUUCUGCUCUACUUGAAAGCUUUUAGAAGGCUGCACAACUAAAUUUCUCCAACAUCUGAAUCGAACUAAUUCCCUUGAGUUAGUCGAUUUGCUGGUUCCUUAAGAAUAUUUUGGAUGUCAUUUUAUUUCUUUGUUCAAGUAUUUAUGUUGUCGAUGUGGUCCAUGUUUCCCGCAUCAUGAACGACGUAAAUUCUCUAUGUGUUUUUGGGUCUUGUAACGAUAGAUCAGUCUAGCUCAGUAUCUAAUCCACUUUAAUCUUUA